AUGGCGGUGAAGCGGCAGGCAGCUUGGUGCUUCCUGGCCGUUGUUCUAGUGGUGACUCUCUCAGUGGCGAUGGCGCAGCCGCCGCAGCCAAGGGUGGGCGGGCCGGGGAGAGGCAAACUGCCGCCGGGCAACGGCAGGUUCGAGGCGGUGACAUUCAACAAGUUCCACAAGCGAAAGUACGAGGUGGCGUGCACCGACAACCGCGGCCCUCCUUGCCUCGUCUCCUGCCCAAAAAACUGCCCCAACAAGUGCCUCGCCUAUUGCAGCUACUGCAUGACCUUCUGCAUGUGUGAUCUGUUCCCGGGUCAGUCGUGCGGGGACCCGCGGUUCACAGGGGGCGACGGCAACACCUUCUAUUUCCACGGCAAGAAGGACCAGGACUUCUGUAUCGUCUCUGACAAGGACCUCCACAUCAACGCACACUUCAUCGGCAACCACAACCCGGAUAUGAAGCGUGACUUCACAUGGGUGCAGGCCCUCGGCAUCACCUUCGGCGAUGGCCACCGCCUCUAUGUCGGUGCCCGAAAGGCUGUUCAGUGGGACGAGGAGGAGGACCACGUCCAGAUCGCCCUUGACGGCGAGCCCGUGGAGGUCGAGGCCGCUAAGAAUGCACGGUGGUUAUCCAAGGCCAUGCCCGGACUCUCCAUCACGCGUACCGACACGGUGAACACCAUCGUCGUGGAGCUAGAUGGUGUGUUCAGCAUCUCGGCCAACGCCGUGCCCAUCACCGAUGAGGAUUCCCGGGUCCAUAGCUAUGGCAAGACUGAGGAGGACAGCCUCGUGCACCUCGACCUCGGGUUCAAGUUCUACGACCUCACCAAUGACGUGGAUGGUGUGCUCGGCCAGACCUACCGCUCCGACUACAUCAGCAAGGUCAACGUCACGGCCAAGAUGCCUAUCAUGGGCGGCGCACCCAAGUACCUCUCAGCCGGCCUCUUCUCCACAGACUGUGCUGUCUCCCAGUACCACCGCAGCGGCGCCAGCUCAGUCGAGACAUUUGCGUUAUAAAUGGAUAUCUAAACACACGCACAAUCAAACAAUGCAAGGAAAGGAAGAAAUAAGAUCCAAACUGUAUUAGCUUACAAAAAGAUCCAAACUCUAUUACAUGCUUAAUUAAUUCAAUAAUCCACAAGUAACUGUACU